AUGGCGGCCACAGAGCGAGAACCGACAUCGUCCAUCGAGGGGUCCAGCCCCAACCGCCCUCAAAUGUUUCAUCGGAUUUCAGACAACGCCAUUGACGAGUCUUCGGACGCUGAUAGCGAUUUCGUCAAGUUGCAGAAAACCAUCAGCAAGGAGAGGCGGGAAGCUAGGGAAAGCCCCCAAGCUCGUCUGCAACGAGCAUUCCCCUUCACAUUUCAUCCCAACAUCAGACCCCUCAGCAAGUCUGACUACGAAUCGUGUAUUUCCCUAGAGAAUGCGGCCUUUCCGGACCCAGCACACAGAGCUACACCCGAGAAGGCGAGUUCACCUUAUCCCAUAUAUGGGCGGCAUGCGCCGGGCCGAGCCUCCCUGGGUGUCUUUUGCACAGUUGUGCCAGACAAAGCCAAGAAUUGGACAAUCGAAACCUUGGAUGCUGCCAAGCCUGUUGAAACGGAUCGUCUCAAUGGCGCAAAGAGCGUACUGCUGGCACAUAUCGUGUCUACGCGCUGCGCAGGAGACACCAUCACGGACAAGGAUAUGGACUAUCCAAAAGACUGGCGCACUCGUCGUGGUCGGUGGGCGGACGUGGGACAUCAAGAGAGUGGACGUACCGUUGCGCUGCACUCCUUAGCCGUGGCCCCCAAGGUACAUGGUUGUGGAAUUGGCCAGAUGAUUGUCAAGGCCUACCUGCAGCAAAUGAAGAACGCGGGACUGGCUGAUCGCGUGGCACUGAUAUGUCAAGAUUACCUUGUUUCCUACUAUGAGCGGCUUGGGUUCAAGUGUAUCGGCAAGAGCCACGCCGAGUUUGGAGGAGGUGGAUGGCAUGACAUGGUGAGUCACGCUUCCUGA